CAUAAAUUUUGCAGCAGCCCUCCGAUACUUCUAUUUUGUUUCUUGCUUUCAUAAUAGUAGGCAGUCCUCUGUCUGCUCUGCUCUGCUCUGCUCUGCCAUGUCGGAAUCAGCGCCCUCUACAACCACUCCUGCUGCAGCUGAAGCAGCAACAGGAGGAGGAGAGACUAGUGCUGCUAAUCCCUGGGCAACCGGCUGGAAUCGUUUCGUGAAUUCCGUGCAAAAAGGAAUUUCUAGCAAACAAGAAGAGCUCAAAGCGACACGCGAGGCGAAAGACGCGGGUAAAAUUUAUGACUAUGAGACGAAGGAAUGGAAAUUUUACUAUAUUGAAGACGAAUGGAAAGCUUUGGAGAGCAAGGCGGGUGAAUUUGGCGCCACGCCUUCUACUUCUACAGUAGGCGAUAAAAAAGACGAACGCCCCGUCAAAGAUCGCAAGUAUUACGAUAUGUUGGAAGCUUCUACCAACGCGACACAAGGAGAAAUCAAAAAGGCAUACUAUAAAGCGGCCCGCAAAUGUCAUCCCGACAAGAAUCCCGACGAUCCAGAAGCCGCCGAAAAAUUUCAACAAUUGGGUCAUGCGUAUCAAGUGUUGAGCAAUGACCAGUCCCGUGCGUAUUAUGACAAGCACGGACCGCAAGAUGCCAAUGCCGCCGAAACCAAUACCGAUCAAGUGGAUCCCUUUGUGUUUUUCAAUGUCAUGUUUGGAUCCGCACUGGUGGAACCGUAUGUGGGAGAAUUGUGGAUUGCCCAAACCACCGCGGAAGCCAUGAGUGACACGGAUGCCAUGGAGGAAUUCAAGAGUUUGGAACUCAACAAUACGGGUGAUCCCGACAGUGAAGAAGCCAGAUUGGCGGAAGAAGAACGACGCGAGAAGCUAAUGGAAAAAAUGAAAGAAAUGAAAGCCAAAAAUGAAUGGACACAGAAAAAACGACAAGUCAAAAUUGCAUUAAAUCUCAAACAACGUUUGGCAUCGUAUUCCGAAUCGACCAAGGCUGAUUUUAUCAUUGAAGCAAGACAAGAAGCGGAAAAGAUUGCCGGCGGUGCGUACGGGAGUCUCUACUGUAUCACGAUUGGAUACGCCCUCUUGCUGCAGGCGGAAGAAUUCCUCGGCAAUGAAACGACACUCUUUGGAUUGGGAGGAUUUGCGGCAAGGACCAAACAGUCGACCAGUGCGCUUGGCACCAAUUUCAAACUCAUUGGAGCGGCCUUUAGUGCCGCCACGCAUGGAGCCAGGGCCAUGCAAGAAGCUGAAAACUUGCAAAAGGCAACCAUGGAUAAAACAAAGGAGGGCGGCGACGGCACCGAUGCCGCCAACACCAAUAGUGACAAGAAAGAAAAGGCUGCGACCGACGACGACAAGAAAGCCGACGACACGAUUGACCCGGAAGCGGCCGAAAAAUUGUCCGAAACCGUCGAUGCCACGCUGCCCGCCAUUCUCAACUUUACAUGGGCCAUUAACAAACGCGACAUUCAACAGACACUGCGAGAAGCCUGUCCCAAAGUCUUUCAGGAUGCUUCACCUGACGCAAAUCCCAAUGCCGCACAAUCUGUCAAACAGACCCAACUCCAACGCGCUCAAGCCAUGGAAGUCCUCGGGCGAGAGUUUUAUACCGUGGGGAAACUGGCCGAACAGAUCGCGGUCAAGGCCGGAAAGGAAGGAGGAGACUUUAAUGCCGAAGACAUCAAGGCACGGGUCACUGUCGCUACCAUGACGACCAUGGCCAAGGCACAAGGACAAGAAGUCACCGAAGCAGAUCAAGAAGAAAUGAUUCAACAAGCCAAACAAAUGAGUGCCGGUGGUGGUCCUCCACCUACUACAGGCGCUCCUGCACCUGCGGAUAGUGAUGAAAAGGAACUUCUCAAGGAAGACGUCGCCGAUGACGGUGUCGAUUGUUAGCGAGCGUGGAACAAGUAGCGUGCGUGUUUUGGUUUUGGAGCAGUUGAUCUAUUGCUAGCUCGACUGGAUAGGUACAGUUAGUAGGAUGCACUCACUCUACUUGAAUGUAGACAGUCACCACUAUCCAUAGUAGCAAGCGUGCGCAUUACAUUACAUAGAGAGACUCCCGCGUUUUGAUGUUUCAAAGUAGUGUAGGUCGUCAUCUCUACCGGUUUAAGUUUUUGUCUUUCGUCCACACGGUUACUCGAGCUCUUUCCUGGUGGCAUCAUGGAUAGUUUGCUCCCUCCAUCAGUUGUCAUCCACCAGCCUGCCUGCAUGCGGUGACCCUCAUGCAGUUGCACCAUGCAUUGACUUCCAUGAAUGAGCUAAAAACUCCUGUUUACUAGUACUUCCAUGAAUGAGGUCGGUUUCUUUUGCUGAACGCCACACGAAAGAUCUAUACUGUAGCUCUAGCCAGCUGCCAGUAGCCAACC